UUCAUGCGGUCCGCAUCGCCUGCUAACAUAUUCCAAGCUGGGAGCUGGAGAAGUGCGUCGGUCAAACUGGUGGUGUUCCAAGACUCGACAUCGGUGGAAUGUGUCUUCAGGACAGUCCGCUCGGAGUCCGUGAUUGUAAGUCUCGUUAGGAGCCGACAUCAAACGUGUCUUAUUAACAAUGUGUCUUCCAGCGGACUACAAUUCGGGAUUCCCCGCUGGCGUCAACGUUGCUGCGACUUGGGACAGGAAGCUCGCCUAUCUCCGUGGGCAGGCCAUGGGUCAAGAAUUUAGUGACAAGGGAGUUGAUGUCCAGCUGGGGCCGGCCGCCGGGCCCCUGGGCAGAAGUCCCGAUGGAGGUCGGAACUGGGAAGGGUUUUCGCCCGACCCAGCACUCACUGGUGUGCUCUUUGCCGAGACGAUCAAGGGUAUCCAAGAUGCCGGGGUCAUCGCCACAGCUAAGCACUACAUUCUCAAUGAGCAGGAACAUUUCCGCCAAGUCUCGGAGGCUGCGGGCUACGGUUUCAACAUCUCUGAUACCAUCAGCUCCAACAUCGACGACAAAACCAUUCAUGAGAUGUACCUCUGGCCCUUCGCGGAUGCCGUGCGUGCCGGUGUGGGCGCCGUCAUGUGCUCCUACAACCAGAUUAACAACAGUUACGCCUGCCAGAACAGCUACACACUGAACAAGCUUCUGAAGUCGGAGCUCGGCUUUCAAGGAUUUGUUAUGUCGGACUGGGGUGCUCACCACAGUGGUGUCGGCUCUGCUUUGGCCGGGUUGGAUAUGUCUAUGCCCGGUGACGUUUCUUUUGAUUCUGCCACCAGUUUCUGGGGUACCAACCUGACUGUUGCCGUUCUCAAUGGAACCGUCCCGCAGUGGCGUGUUGACGACAUGGCCGUUCGUAUCAUGGCUGCCUACUACAAGGUUGGCCGUGAUCGCUUGUACCAGCCGCCCAACUUCAGCUCCUGGACUCGGGACGAGUACGGCUUCAAGUACUACUACUCCCAGGAAGGCCCCUACGAGAAGGUCAAUCAAUAUGUCAAUGUGCAGCGCAACCACAGCGAAGUCAUUCGCAAGGUGGGAGCCGACAGCACUGUCCUGUUGAAGAACAACAAUGCUCUUCCUCUGACUGGAAAGGAGCGCAAGGUUGCUCUCAUCGGCGAGGAUGCUGGAUCUAACGCCUACGGUGCCAACGGCUGCAGUGACCGCGGAUGCGACAACGGGACGCUCGCCAUGGCCUGGGGCAGUGGCACCGCAGAGUUCCCAUACCUGGUCACUCCCGAGCAGGCCAUUCAAGCCGAGGUGCUCAAGAACAAGGGCAGCACUUACACUAUCACCGACAACUGGGCAUUGAGCCAGGUGGAGGCCCUCGCUAAGACGGCUAGUGUCUCCCUGGUCUUUGUGAAUGCCGACUCGGGCGAAGGCUACAUCUCGGUUGAUGGCAACGAGGGUGACCGCAACAACCUCACCCUGUGGAAGAACGGGGACAAUCUCAUCAAGGCUACUGCCAGCAACUGCAACAACACCAUUGUUGUCAUCCACUCCGUUGGGGCUGUUCUGGUGGACGAAUGGUAUGACCACCCGAACGUCACUGCGAUUCUCUGGGCUGGCUUGCCUGGCCAGGAGUCUGGCAAUUCUCUUGCCGAUGUCCUCUACGGCCGCGUCAACCCUGGCGGUAAGACGCCCUUCACCUGGGGCAAGACGAGAGCGUCUUACGGGGACUACCUGGUUCGGGAGCCCAACAACGGCCACGGAGCCCCGCAGGAUAACUUCUCGGAGGGUGUUUUCAUCGACUACCGCGGCUUUGACAAGCGCAAUGAGACCCCGAUCUACGAGUUCGGACACGGUCUGAGCUACACCACCUUCAACUAUUCGGGCCUGCAGGUGGAGGUUCUCAACACGUCUUCCAGCACUCCGGUCGCUACCCAGACCAAGCCCGCACCCACUUUCGGCGAGAUUGGCAACGCGUCGGACUACUUGUACCCUGAGGGAUUGGACCGAAUUACCGCGUUCAUCUACCCCUGGCUCAACUCCACGGACCUCAAGGAGUCAUCUGGUGACCCGGACUAUGGGGUGGACACCGCCAAGUAUAUUCCCGCCGGCGCCACCAACAGCUCGGCCCAGCCUGUUCUGCCGGCUGGCGGUGGCUUCGGUGGUAACCCGCGUCUCUACGAUGAGCUGAUCCGUGUUUCGGUUACCGUCAAGAACACUGGUCGUGUCACUGGGGACGCCGUGCCUCAAUUGUAUGUAUCGCUUGGCGGACCUAAUGAGCCCAAGGUGGUGCUGCGCCAGUUCGACCGCAUCACGCUCCGGCCUUCGGAGGAGACGGUGUGGACGACUACUCUGACCCGUCGCGAUCUGUCCAACUGGGAUGUUGCGGCUCAGGACUGGGUUAUUACUUCCUACCCGAAGAAGGUUCACGUGGGUAGCUCUUCGCGUCAGCUGCCGCUUCAUGCGGCGCUGCCUAAGGUGCAAUGAGCGGAUGGGG